UCUUGUUUAUAUAAAAUCGGAAAGCUUCUUAUAACCCGUAAUCCUACCCAUGAACCACGGAAGUAGCAGUCGGAGGAGAAUUUUGGCAGUUGCUACAAGCAGAACGGAGUGAAUUUCCCGCUAUCACAAUUAAAAUGUCCGUUCCUCUCUUCAACCUCACUCCCAAUUUGACAGUUUCAAGGCUUUGCUUAGGAACAAUGACAUUUGGUGAGCAAAACUCGUUGCCUCAAUCCUUUCGUCUUCUUGAUGAAGCCUUCCAUGCCGGAAUCAACUUCUUCGAUUCAGCAGAAAUGUAUCCAGUGCCUCAACGUGCUGAGACUCGGGGGAGGAGCGAGGAGUACCUUGGCCGUUGGAUUAGAGAAAGGAAGAUUCCGCGGAAUCGUGUUGUUAUAGCAACUAAGGUUACUGGACCUUCAGGACAAAUGGUUUGGAUUCGAGGUGGACCCAAGUGUUUGGAUGCUAAGAAUAUUACUGAGGCAAUUGACAAUAGCUUGCAAAGAAUGCAAAUGGACUACAUUGAUCUCUAUCAGAUUCACUGGCCUGAUCGUUAUGUUCCAAUGUUUGGAGAAACAGAAUAUCAUCCUACCCAGCAAUUCUGUUCAAUUAGUAUAGAGGAACAACUUGAUGCGCUUAGCCGAGCUGUUGAUUCUGGCAAGGUCAGAUACAUUGGACUUAGUAAUGAAACUCCAUAUGGUAUCAUGAAGUUCCUUCACGUUGCUGAAAGGAUUGCUUGGUAUCCUAAAAUAGUUUCUGUGCAGAACUCAUACAGUUUGCUUUGCCGGACUUUCGAUUCUGGGCUAGCUGAGUGCUGUCAUCACGAGGGGAUCAGCUUAUUGGCAUACAGCCCCCUGGCCAUGGGCAUACUUUCUGGGAAGUAUUUUGCACCUAAUGGAGGUCCAGCAAAUGGCCGGUUAAAUCUUUUCAAAGGAAGAUAUUCAGAAGGGGAAUCAAGAUACAACCUAUCAAAUAACAUGAUAAAAGCAGCUACUAUGGAAUACCUUGAUAUUGCAAAAAAACACGGUCUUCAUCCUGUAUCUCUUGCAAUUGCUUUUGUCUUGAGACACCCUCUAGUUGCAAGCACCAUAUUUGGAGCUACCAGCUCAUGGCAGCUCCAAGAGACUCUUAACGGUUGCAAGAUCCAGCUGACACCAGAAAUAAUUGAAGAUAUCAACAAGGUUGCUGCAAAGUUGGAACUGGGUUUCGGCUAAGGGAAGUCUUGGUGACUAGAUCCAAGUAUCAUGCUUUUGGCCGAACAUUAGGCGGGUGUUGUUGCGAGAAGAUGAAUUCAAUGAUCCAAAACUCUUCUCCACUCUCGAAGACUUUGCUUUUGUCUAGUUUCUUUCUAAUCAUUUAGCUCAAAGUUAAGGUUUUUCUCCAUAGAGUUUUUGUGUGAAAUUUGAAUUUUGGUUGUUUUCCCUAAAUUAUCGAGAUUAAAGAAACCCAAUUUUUCUUCAAUACGGAUAAAUCUUGAUUUUUGGGAGAUCUAAAAACUAAAUUCUAAUUAUUCUUUGAAUUAUUCAAAAUCAAUUUGUUUGUAAAAAGAUAAUCUGUUGAUAAUUAGAUAAAUUGAUUAGCUAAAAAUUGAGAGAAAACAGGACUUCUCAAUUUCAAAAGCAAGAGUUUGCUUUUAUUUAUACUCUCUUUAUCCUCAUCCACUUCACAAUAUCAUCCGUUUGAAAUUUUCUUUUUCCUUCUCUCUCCAAUUUGAUUGUGAAUUGAGAAAAUGAACUCUGCCUGCUUGCUUCAUAAAAGUUGAAAAUCCAUUGUCUAUCAUCUUCCUCGUGCC